AUGCUCCGCGCCAAGGCAGUGGGAAGCUUGAACGGCUUUGACACACGGCAGUUGCCGCUUCUCUUCGUCAACUUCUACAUUUGGGCCGUCUACGCCGUGCAGGUUGGAGACGUCUGGCUCUUCUUGGCCUCGAGUCCAGCCGCAGCCAUUUGCCUCUACAACAUCACCAGCGCCAUCACCUUGCUCUCGCAGGAGGAGGGCUCAGUUAGUCAGUUGUGCAAGCCAGUCGAUGCUGGCUUCCUUCGACGCAGUACAUCCCGAGCCUGGCAUGAAGCCAGCAAAGAGCAGCGCAGCGCUAUGCUGAGAAGGCUGGAGAGGCAGACUGUUGGAGGAUUCCUUGCCAUCUCUUUCAUCAGCUGCUUCUUGGGUAAGUGGGAACUUGAUGGUUUGGAGAUUGUCAGCGAGAUCUUUCCCGUGUCUUUGAGGGAGGAGGUCCUUGGGUGCGUGGGGUCCAUGGCGGCAUUUGUCGCCUAUUCUCGACCCGUUAUGCGCCUGUACACCUAUUGCUGUCGACGGGAUGCCUCUCCGAUCCUCCUGUCUCUGGUCUUCAUCGUGUUGAUUAGCAAUCUGUUGUGGACCGUCUAUGGCAUCAGCACUCAGAACCCUUGGGUUUAUGUUCCAAAUGGUUCGGGAGCUUUGGUAUCUAUCAUGCAGAUCGUUGUGCGCCUGGUCUUUCCUGGACGCCGCAGUCGGAGGGACCAGAGAGACAGCUUGGAGAAGCCGGCCAUGUCAAAAGACCUGGAGGCAAACUCCACGAGUGUGCACCCAGAUGAUGGAUCCUUGCGUCUCUCCUCCCGCCAGAAUCUGCAUGAAGAUUAUUUGCUUUGGCAGCAGGACUACUUCAGGUGGCGGUCUAUGGCUGCGACGGUGUCGUCCGCAUCUUCCACGGCCUCAGGGGGCGAUGAGGAUGUACUUGAAGACGUAGGCCUGGCGGAGAACGGUCAGCUUCUGCCCAACCAGACCGUCGAUAAGCCUUCAGGAGCGGGGCCAACGGGCCAGCAAUGA